AAAACGCUAAAAAGUUCAGAGAGUAAAUGGCUGACAUUUUAAUCAACGAACAAAAAUUAGGUGACUUUAAUUCGCCACUCCAAACGACAUCAAUUGUGCAACAAGCAAACAGCGAUAUUUGUGAAAUAUUUCAAAAAGAGACGAUCAUAAUACGACCUUGAUCUCAAAUUGCUUUUCAUUCUCAUUUAGGAUUUCCGCAUGAUCGCCACGCCGCAUUUAAACUACACCGCACCGCGUCCACCAGUGCGUCGAUUUGAAAAUAAAUUAAUUACGAAAGAGAUCCAAUGGAUUCAACAGUCGUUACCGCAACAGCAACUGACACAGAUGAAGCUAAUGAAAUACAUCAGCAAUUACCAUCAACAGCAACAAAUGAUGAUGAUCAACAUGAAGGUCACGAGGAUGAAUUAAAUUUGCAAAUUAAAAUUAAUAAUAUUGGUAAUAAGGAGUAUAAGGAGAGCCAGGAGAAGAAUAGCAAUAAGCAGCAACAAGAAACACCAAUUAAUCAACAAACAACAACAAAUUCUUCUUAUAAUGAUUACGUUAAUCAUUUGUACAAUGAUGGUGUGAAUGGAAAAAUUGAGACGACAAUUAACGAUGAUGAAGAAGAGAUUAAACCUUUAUUAAAAUCAAUUGUGAAGAGUCCAUCAGGAAACCUACGACCAUCACUUCCAUUAAAUGGCACAAGAUCAAAGAAUAAGCGUCUUAGUUGGCAAGCAGCAUCGACAGUAGAUUCAUCACGUCAACAUGUUCAAUUCAACAAUAAUCACAAUCAACAAGAUGGAAAUGAUGUGAAUACACAAUCAACUUCACUUGCCUCAUCAGACGAACCUGUGACGCAAAACGAGGAAUGCCCUUCAUCGCCUAUAACAAGUUCAAGUUCAAGUUCAUCGGAUGAUGAUGAUGAGUUCUCUGAAAUUCAAGCACCAGAUGGUGGAUGGGGUUGGGUUGUAGUAUUUGCAAGCUUUCUCGUUAACAUGAUUGCUGAUGGAAUAACAUUCUCAUUUGGAAUUUACAACGUUGAGUUCCUGAAAUAUUUUGGCGAUUCAAAAGGCAAAACAGCAUGGAUUGGCUCGAUUUUUAUGGCUUCGCCUUUACUUUCGGGACCAAUUGCUUCCUAUUUAACAGAUCGUUAUGGCUGUCGAAAAGUAACAAUUGUGGGCUCAAUCACAGCUGCAAUUGGGUUUUUGCUCUCAGCUAUGGCUGAUUCAAUGGAAAUGCUUUUUGUGACCUUCGGUGUGAUUUCAGGCGUUGGUUUAAGUUUAUGUUAUGUCGCAGCUGUUGUCAUCGUCGCUUAUUAUUUCGAUAAAAGGCGAAGUUUUGCUACAGGAAUCUCUGUUUGUGGUUCUGGAAUUGGAACAUUUAUUUUCCCACCAAUUAUUCAAUAUUUAAUUAGUGAAUACGGUUGGCGUGGAUGUACUGUGAUAUUAGCAGGAAUCUUCCUCAACAUGUGUGUUUGUGGUGCAUUAAUGAGAGAUCUCGAAUGGACGACACAUCGUGCAAAACAGAAAAGAAAAAAUAGACUUAAGACAAAGAAUGGAACAUCUUAUGAAUCUUUUUCAAUUACUAACAGCACAAAUAACGGAACAACAGCAGUUGCAAAUGAUUAUGCUGGAAAAGAAAAUUGUGCGACUGGGUUUGAUCCUUGCAUUGUUGAAGCGAUGGCCGAAGAUGAUCCACAUCUUUUUAGUUCACUAAUUAAUCUUCCAACAUUCACAAAAGAUGGAGAAAAGAUUCCGAUUGGUGUCCUUGAACAACUUGCAAAAAAUCGCAACUUCCACGAUGUCAUUCUCCAUAACUAUCCUCAUCUGCUUGCGACGAGGAGUCUCAGUAAUUGUGAUCAAUUAAUACCAAUUGGUUCAUCAGCAAUUCUGUCACCAACAACUGUGGAAAAUUCGAUAAGUCAAAAGAAUCGAAAGCAUCGACAUACAAUACAAAUAGGAGAAUCAGAGACAAAUGUUUCUGAUAAAUGGCUUCGACAACAUCAUCAUCAUCAUCAUGAUAGUCAUGUAAUGGACAUCUUAAAAGAUUUAAGAAUUCAUCGACACUCAUUAACUUAUCGUGGUGCGAUGUUGAACAUAAACCGCUAUCGAUUAAGGGCAAGUUCAUGUCCUGAUAUUUAUCGAAAUUCAAUGACAACAAUCGCAUCUGAAGGUGCAUCUACAACACAAAUGGUGUCGGAAUUUAUGAAACUUUUCAAGGACAUUCUCGACUUUAGUUAUUUUCUCGAUAUUCGAUUUCUUUUAUUUGCAAUCUCAAAUUUCAUUUUAUAUACGUGGUACGAUGUUGUCUACGUUUAUUUACCUGAUUGGGCAAUUGAGCAUCAAGUAACAGAAACAGAUGCAAGUAUGCUCAUCUCUUUGAUUGGAAUCAUCAAUAUGUUUGGUGAAAUAGCUUUAGGAUGGGCUGGUGAUCGUGAUGAACUAAAUCCAAACAUUAUCUAUGCAAUUUCGAUGGGAUUUUGUGGUGUUUCAGUACUUGCGAUACCAUUUUUCGUGACGUACCAAUGGAUGUGCGUUCUAUCAAGUGCAUUUGGAUUAUUCAUUGCUGCUAAUUAUUCACUCACGAGUAUCAUCUUAGUGAAUCUCGUGGAUCUUGAUAGAUUCACAAAUGCUUACGGUUUAUUGCUUCUUGUGCAAGGUGUGGCGAAUCUUGUUGGACCACCAAUAGCUGGGUGGGGAUAUGACUUGACUGGAACAUAUGAUUUAUCUUUCUAUCUUGCUGGUGGAUUCAUUGUCGUAUCUGGUGCUUUGCUGAUGAUACUUCCGAUCUUAGGCAGAUUCAGAAAGUAUCAAAGACGAAAGGAGAGUCAAAAUAGUGAAAGUGAAGAAGUUCGAAGUGAAGUGAAAAACACGAGAACGGAGAAUGGAACAGCGAAUGGUAUUUGCGUCUAACACUGGACAUUUUAUCGAUCUCUUUGAAGAAUAUUCAUCAUUUAUCCUGGUUCCUAAUGCUCCUUUUUUCAUUUAUUCGUUAUCGUCCAUCCAUUAGUUUGUGUUUUACAUUAAUUUAAUAUUGAAAUAAAUAUUUAAGUGAAGGAAGAAUGAAUUCCUCCCAAAGAAUCUUCAAAUUCUUCUUUUUAUGUUCAUUUUUAUUCCAAUAAGUAAGAAACAUCAAUUAAAAACUUACAAAUAUUAUGUAGUUAAAUUAAGUUAAUAAGAAAAGAAAAGUUUAGACUUUUGUGUGAUUUCUUCGCCAUUAAUAUAAAUAAAAAAUUUCUGUUUUGUAUGAAUCGAAAAUGUUGAGGCUGAAAAUGAUUUGAGAAAAAAAAAUUGACAAGACCAAAAAAGAAGUGUAAGAAAAUGUAGAAAACUUGAUUCGGAAUGAAAACUAAUGAAAGGAAAAUUUAUUUUAAUUACAAUUGAUAGAAAAUAAUCAUCUGUGAUCAUCUGGGAAAAUCAUUCAAGGCAAGAGAAAAUAAAAGAAUAAAAAUUGAUGCUGAUUUAUGUAUCGUGAAGAUUGGACGCUGCUACAUAGCAACAUAAGUUAAUAAAUUCUUCAUUAACUUCUUUUAGUAGAAAUUGACAGUUAUAUUUAGAUGAGGAAAUGUAAUCUUCUACAAUGAAAAAGAAAAAUGAUUAAUCUAUUGAUAGAAUGGCAGAAACGUCGCUCAAGUUUCAAUUUUCUUCUACGUAUUUUGCUGAAAAAUAGUUAAAUCAAAACAUUUCUCUUUUAAAACAAAACUUAUGAAGAAUUAAAUAAAGUAAUAUUAAAAUUAAAACAAAAAAAAUGUGAAGAAACUAAAAAAAAAAUCCUUAAGAUGCCUCAUUAGAAAAUAUAAUUCGAUUAACUAAGCGAUAGUCGUUCUCAAUCCUAAAUAAUUGAAAAUUUAACCUUUCGAAAUAAGAAAUAAAAUUAAAUCAAAGAAAAUUUCUCUCGUUGGU